UUUUAGAUUUGGUCUUUACUGAAUAGUUUACGUGGUGCAUGGUCCUUUCUUUCAAUAGAUGUCUAAAGAUAUAAGCCCGAAAACUACGUUACGACAAUGUUAAAAGUACUGAGGAUACUGGUCUUCAUGCUUUUCUUGGUAGUCCUUGCAUCUUUCUACGGAAUCACCUACAGGCAGAGUAUUAUAUCCCACAUGUCUCUCUUCCCAGCAGGAUAUAUAUUUAAUGCUUUUAACCCAAAACCGUUCACAACUCAGGCGAAUGGCACCAUAUAUGUUCUGUCUACUAAACCAUCAUUAUCAAGUUCUGAAACAUUCACUGAAAACAUUGCAAGAACAGAAAAAACCUCUCUGGGGACCAACAACACUUCUUCAGUUACAAGUGGAAGCAUUUCCUCCACACCUAUAAAUCCAUCAGACAUUUUGGAAGGCGGUGACAGUAUUAUAUUCUUGGAGACAUCGGAUAGAAUGCAACUGCCUUCAUUGGUGUUAUGUGCCAUAGAAUCUGCCGCUCACGUUUACAAGGACCGACCAGUGGUUUACUUCAUGAAAGGAUUGAAUGACACUAACUCUAAAGUCACCGCAAUGGAAUAUUUCCCCAUGCUGUCAUCUUUUAACAAUGUGUAUUUCUUCCCCUUGAGAAUGGAUAAUAUUUUUAAAGACACGCCACUUCUUUCCUGGUACCAAAAGGUCAAUCAAGACAAGGAACCCCACUGGGUACAUAUUAGUGCUGAUGGCUGCAGGCUGGCUCUAUUGUGGAAACAUGGUGGCAUAUAUAUGGACACAGAUAUGAUCUCUAUUCGCACCAUACCACAUCAGAACUUUCUGGCUGCACAGGCUUCUAAAUUUUCUAGCAAUGGUGUCUUUGGAUUCUCCUCCCACCAUAAUUUUACAUGGCAAAGCAUGAACAAUUUUGUCAAGCAUUAUAAUGCAAAAAUAUGGGGCCACCAAGGACCACAUCUCUUUACCCGUGUCCUGAAAGAGUUAUGUGACUUACCUCAGUUUCAGGGUCUAGAGGAUAUCACCUGUAGGAACAUUACUUUUUUGAAUCCUCAGCGAUUUUACCCUAUUUCAUACCCAUCUUGGAAAAAGUAUUACCAGGUGUGGAAUUCAUUGCCAACUUUCAAUGAUUCUUAUGCGCUACACCUGUGGAAUUACAUGAAUCGUAACAUUAAAGUAAAUAUGGUUCCUGGCAGUAACACAUUGGUGGAACAGCUCUACAAACAGCACUGCCCCUCCACAUAUGCUGCAAUAAUUACCAAUCAAACUGCUCCUUUCUAAGGAACUUACAUUCGGCAGAUGUCUACAUAAAUCCACUAUGUGUGCACAUAUCGCCAUGGCAGCUUAGGGAAAUGGGAAACUCUAGACAGUUAAA